AUGCACAGACAUGACACAGACACACAGUCACUGCAGCUGCCGCUGAGCCCGGGGCAGAGCGGCGGCGGCGGCGAGCAGCCCUCUGCCGGCACUGGAGCACUGCCGGCGGUGGGCGGCGAGACCCGCAGGGGGCAGCCUGGCACCGGGCGGGGGAAGGCUGGCAGCGGGGAAGGGGCGGGAGGGAAGGAAGGAAGGAAGGAAGGAAGGAAGAAAGGGAAGGGGGCAGCCUGGCACUCCGAGCCGGAGGCGGCACCGGGCAGCGGCACGGAGCGAGCCCGGGCGGAGCGCGGCACCCAGCGGCCGCUGAGGCUGGGCCGGUGGCUUUAGGAGCAGGGCCGGGGGAAACCGCUCCGCGCCCGGCUGCACGCUGCCGGUGACCUUCCCGGAGCUGCUCAGGCCGGGCAGGGCCUCGUCUCCCCGCGGAGAUCGUGCACCAGGCCCCGGGGAGAGAAGAGGAGAGGAGGCCGGGCCGGAAUCCCCCGCCGCCCCCGGGUCUUUGCCGGCCGCCGGCGGGGCCUGUGCGGGGAGAGGGGCGGGGGACGGCGAGCGGGACGGCCGGGCGGCACCUCCGGACAGUGGGGAGGCCGUGAAGAGAGGAAGGGGAGGAGGAGGCAGCCCGAGGCGGCGCAUCCCGGGAGGAGCGAGGAGCUCCCCGCUGCCCUCCUCCUCCCCGCGCAUCCCGCGGAGAGCGGGGACCGCCGGCCGGCACCUCCCGGUGGCGGGACCGGAGCUGGAGCUGCGCGCCGGGAGCGGAGGAGGAGGAGGAAGAGGAGGGGGAAGGAGCGCGGGGAAGGGGCGCCGAGUGUCCCGCCGCCGCCGUCGCCCGGGGGAGGUGUCCUGUAACAACCCCUGAUCAGCAAGGCUGCAAGUCAUGUAGAAGCCGCAGGAUCAGCAGAGACUCUGAUGGAUAACUGGAUUGGUCUGUAUAUGGAAAUUGCUGGGCAGAGCCUCAGAAUCCUUGAUUUUAUGGAGUAAUAUGUGGGAGGCUGUGGACUAUUUGCUUCCGACAUAGGAACAGCACUGGGUUGGGAAUCUGAAACUCCUGAGAGAAUGCUGGGAAUCUGCAGAGGGAGACGGAAAUUCCUGGCUGCCUCUCUGACCGUCCUCUUCGUGCCAGCCGUAACGUGGAUUUAUCUCUUUGCUGGGAGUUUUGAAGAUGGGAAGCCAGUGUCGCUGUCUCCACUUGAAUCCCAGCCCCACAGCCCUCGUUACACGGCCUCCAGCCAGCGGGACCGCGAGAGCCUGGAGGUCCGCAUGCGGGAGGUGGAGGAGGAGAACCGUGUGCUCCGCAAGCAGCUCAGCCUGGCACAGGGCCGCAGCCCCUCGCACCACCGUGGCAACCACUCCAAAACCUACUCCAUGGAAGAGGGGACGGGUGACAGUGAGAGCCUGCGGGCUGGCAUCGUGGCCGGGAACAGCUCUGAGUGUGGGCAGCAGCCAGCGGUGGAAAAAUGUGAGACCAUCCAUGUCGCCAUUGUUUGUGCAGGGUAUAAUGCCAGUCGGGAUGUUGUCACACUCGUCAAGUCCGUCUUAUUUCACAGGCGAAACCCACUCCACUUCCACCUCAUCGCAGAUGCAAUUGCCAAACAGAUCCUUGCAACUCUGUUCCAGACUUGGAUGGUCCCUGCUGUGCGCAUAGACUUCUAUGAUGCAGAUGAACUGAAGUCGGAAGUAUCUUGGAUCCCCAACAAACACUACUCCGGGAUUUACGGGCUGAUGAAGUUGGUUCUGACUAAGACUCUACCUUCCAAUCUUGAGCGAGUGAUUGUCCUCGACACAGACAUAACGUUUGCCACUGACAUUGCUGAGCUGUGGGCUGUCUUUCACAAGUUCAAAGGGCAGCAGGUUCUUGGCUUGGUGGAGAACCAGAGUGACUGGUAUUUGGGGAACCUUUGGAAGAACCAUCGACCCUGGCCAGCGCUUGGGAGGGGCUACAACACAGGGGUUAUCUUGCUCCUUCUGGAUAAGUUACGGAAGAUGAAAUGGGAGCAGAUGUGGAGACUCACAGCUGAGAGGGAGUUAAUGAGCAUGCUGUCCACUUCACUGGCUGACCAGGAUAUCUUCAAUGCAGUCAUCAAACAAAACCCCUUCCUUGUCUACCAGCUUCCAUGUUUCUGGAAUGUGCAGCUGUCUGAUCACACCCGUUCCGAGCAGUGCUACAGAGAUGUGUCUGACCUGAAGGUGAUUCACUGGAACUCACCAAAGAAGCUGCGGGUGAAAAACAAGCACGUGGAGUUUUUCCGCAACCUCUACCUGACAUUCCUGGAAUACGACGGGAACUUGCUGAGACGGGAACUCUUUGGCUGCCCCAGCGAGGCAGAUGUUAACAGUGAAAACCUCCAGAAACAGUUGUCUGAGCUGGAUGAGGAUGAUUUGUGCUAUGAAUUUCGUCGAGAACGUUUCACUGUCCAUCGCACUCAUUUGUAUUUUUUACAUUAUGAAUACGAGCCUGCUUCGGACAAUACUGAUGUAACACUGGUGGCUCAGCUUUCAAUGGACAGGCUCCAGAUGCUUGAAGCCAUCUGCAAACACUGGGAAGGUCCGAUCAGCCUGGCACUCUAUCUUUCUGAUGCAGAAGCCCAGCAAUUUCUGCGUUAUGCUCAGGGCUCAGAAGUACUCAUGAGCCGCCACAAUGUCGGCUACCACAUUGUAUACAAGGAGGGCCAGUUCUACCCAGUGAAUCUUCUGAGGAAUGUGGCCAUGAAGCACAUCAGCACACCAUACAUGUUUCUGUCUGACAUUGACUUCUUACCCAUGUAUGGACUCUACGAGUACCUCAGGAAGUCAGUCACCCAGCUAGACCUGGCUAACACCAAGAAAGCUCUGAUCAUACCUGCUUUUGAGACUCUACGCUACCGCCUCUCCUUCCCCAAGUCAAAAGCAGAGCUGCUAUCUAUGUUGGACAUGGGAACCCUCUUCACAUUCAGGUAUCACGUCUGGACAAAAGGGCAUGCGCCAACCAACUUUGCCAAAUGGCGAACAGCCACCACCCCCUACCGUGUGGAGUGGGAAGCAGACUUCGAGCCAUACGUCGUUGUGAGGAAGGACUGCCCAGAGUAUGACAGACGGUUUGUUGGAUUUGGCUGGAACAAAGUAGCUCACAUCAUGGAGCUGGAUGCACAGGAGUACGAGUUCACGGUGCUGCCCAAUGCCUACAUGAUCCACAUGCCGCACGCCCCCAGCUUCGACAUCACCAAGUUCCGCUCCAACAAGCAAUACCGCAUCUGUCUCAAGACCCUGAAGGAGGAGUUCCAGCAGGACAUGUCACGUCACUACGGCUUCGCAGCUCUCAAAUAUCUCACGGCAGAGAACAACAGCUAGCACAGCGGAGCCGGUUCAUGGGAAACAGAGAUGCCGGAUGGAGGAGCCACUCAACAUUUGGGGCCCAGUCUUCAAACUUCAAACUGAGAAAUACUUUCUGUUUUUAUACCAUACCUGGCAGUUCUAACAGUAGGGAUUUGAAGUGACAUUUCUUCAGACUACGGUCAUUAGCCCCUUCCUCAACGAUCCCAGGCCUUUCAGCUUUAGCAUUUGUGAGGUGUCAAUGAGAGGGGCCGGCCACUCACCCGCCAUACCACAGGUGGUGGGAAUGAGGCACAAGCUGGGAAUGCACUCUGUUCUCUUAACUGCAGAGCAAAGACAGAUCUUCAGAAUAUAGGAUUUCAUGUUGCUAUUUAAUUAUGAGACAUACUUUUUAACUCUAAAGGAAGAUCUUCGGGUCGCUGUCCUGUGAAUUUCAAAUCUGCACUACUCUGAAAGGGAACUUUCACCUGUGAACAUUCACAGUGGCCCUCUUAACAUGGAUGACCUUGUUAAUGCAGGAUGAGCCAAAAGUCUGAAUUAGCCUUGAAAAUGAAGGGGACAUAUAUAAUACUGCACUCCAGAGAAGGUGUGUUACUGGUUUAGGUGUGUACAUGGUAUUGGAUGGUCUUUUAUUCUCAAAUUAGUUACGUUUUAUCAGGAAAAUCCCCUAUGCCCUACCCUGCCCUUCCCCAGUCCUAAAAGCUGUUCCUUUCCUUGCUGAGGAAGUGUUCCCCUUGUGUUUCUUUGCCAUAUUCAGUUCUAAUGGUCCAGUAAAGGAGAUCAGUAGCUCUGCUAGAAAGUGAACAAAGCCUGUCAGUGUAAGGUCUGCCUUCACCAGAGCAACUUGUUCAUGCGUGUCUCAUAAAAUAAAGGGCCUGGUUGUAACUCUUUAUCUUUUUUAGGCAAGAAUUGGAUUUUGCCUACAAGGCAUUUUGUGCGGGGGGAUAUUGAUUCGUAGACUCAUUUCAGUGCAUGCCCAUCUGUGAAGGCGUCGGGCAUUGGGCUUUAAGUGGACUUCUUUGCUGAACAGGCAACAUAAGCAUGGCAACUUACAGCCUGAGUGCUCUCCUGCUGCCUGCUACAAGGUCUGAGAACUACUUCGUUAAAGGAGUAUAUAAAUAAAAGGAACAGAACUGUUAGGAAUAAAUUCCCCAUUCGAGGGAGAAAAGAAUGUGUUGGGAAUCUGAGUGUGAGUGUUUGCUUAAAUGUGGACUGGUCAAGUUCACAACUUCGAUACACACAGGAAUAUUCUGGAGGGUGGAAAGGAAACCUAACAAGCAAAACACAGAAAACAAGACACUGGACUUUUUACCGUUUUCUUUAUUCUUCAAUAUUAAUGUUGUGUUUACAUUGGAUAAGGAGAUGAGGUUUAAUGCACUACCCUUCGCAGGGCUCUUUGUAAUUUCUUUUGCAAUGUUAAUAGAGAAAGCAGAAACGACUCAGUGAGAAAUGUGUCUCUCUCCCUUCCCCAGAUCCCUGUGCAACCACAUGUACCAAUACCACUGCCUGAGCUGGGAAAAUGGAUCCACAGUGCAUUAUGCUCACUUUGUUCCACUUUGUUUUUCAGCCACUGCACCUUCUACUUUCCUCCCUGCUUCAUCCCUCUAGAGCUUGGUUUUAUUUCCAACCUGACAUUUCGUGAGAGCUGUCUGUUACGGUGGAAACCAUGCAGUUAAACCAGACAUUUAAACUGCAAAUAUCAGUUCAUCUUGCUGUGUAUAUAUAAGAAAAGCCAAAAAAGGCAACAUUUUUGACAAGAAAUAAAAAGGGGUAGGAAGCUAUGUGUAAUUACUACUUUUUCCCCUGGGAGUGUUGACUGUAUAAGAAUACAUCGCUACAUAGUUUUCCAAAGUGCUUUUCUUUGGUUCUUAAUGGCUUUAUGUAAAGAUUUACAUAUAAACCUGUGAAGAGCUGGGAAGAAAUGAAACGAGUGCUUAGAUAGUCCUGGCUAAAAUAUAUUUAUUGAAAAAAAAAAAUCUUAACUCCCCAAGUCCUAUAUUACUCACCAUUGAGGGUCCAGAUCAUUGUGUAUCGAGAAUUAGAAGAACCCUGCAGCACAGUCCUGUUGAUUAUCUAAUGUACAGAAAGAUAUGAAAAGUUGAUCUUAGGAGAGGCUGAACAUUUGUGCCUACACAGAAUCUACUGUCAGAUUUUCAGUGUGGCCACCAUUACGUUAUAUAUAUAUGGAAAAAAUUUCAUUUCUGGAUGUAUGUUUCUCCUUGACUUAACAGUGUUGCCCAGGGAUGGACUAGGUUGCACUGCAGCACCAUAGCCUGUAGCAUGGAUCUGUACUUAUUUUGGGUGUAGCACUAUCAGUGUGAACAUCAUUCUCUCCUUGGUCGUGAGAAGCAAACUAGGGGCAGGGUGGUAGUUUACUAGUUGCCUAUCUGUGCAAUCGUGAGACCUCCUGGAUAGACUUAGAUGUGUGGGCUGGUGUAACCAGCUCUGAGAUUGGCAGUAGGUUCAAAGAGUCUUCCUUUUUUUUCCUUACAGACCUGAUUCUGACUUGUGUCUGUCAUGUUAUGUUUGUCUGUGUGCUUCCCAGUUUGAGAGAUGUGGGGCUUGUGUGAUUUUAACACAUUUCAGCCAAUUACUUGGUAGCAAAUUAGGCUUACUUACCUGUCUUUUAACUGCCAGGGAUCCUCAAACAGAAUGAAAAAAACACCACCAGCAAAAAUCCCCAACUCAGCUACAAUACUGACUGUCCACCAGUCCUCUGCUGUGAUAGAUACUUGCUUUGCUACUUAAUUCUCAGAUUUCUCCCAAAUUCUUCAAGAAAUGUCAGAGAAGCUUGAUAACUUAAUGCCUUUGAUUUAUUGAUUUGUUACACCCUCUUCUCUCUUGAGUCUUCAGUCCAUGACCUCUCCUUAUCUUUGUUAUUUGAAAAGUGUGAGUCUCCCAUUUAGAUACCAUUCAGACACCGUCUCUGGUGAAGACUGAUGCAAAUGAAACAUUUAGAUUCUUGUCAAUGUCCUUACUGUCUUUAAUCGUUUCCUUUACUUACUGUGUGAGGUGGCCUACUGGUUCUCUCCAGUUUUCUGCUUUCAGUGUACUGAGCAAACGUGUAUUUUCAGUGUUAACUUCCUACUAUUGGUCUUCAAAUUCCCUCUUACCUUGCUCAAAAUCCAUCUUAACUAUUACAUACCUUCAUUUCAGCUUUACAAAGUUUUCAUUUCCCUUCUCUAUGAAGAUUUCUAGUUUAGUCUGAAUAACUUCAAAAAUCUCUGAUUCAGAGUUACUAGCAUUUCAUCCUUCUCUUUCAUUUAUGUAAGGGAAUACCAAAUUUACAAUUCCCUUCCACUUUUAAUCUGAGGAUUUCAGAGUUGUUGGUAUUUUUUUCUGUUUAUUUAGGGCUGCUGAUUGUUUCUUUAAAAGAAAAAAGGUGGGUUCCUUUCUUUCAUUCUGUUGUCUUUUUUGUUGUUGUUGUUUGUUUGUUUUUGGUUUGUUUGUUUGUUUGUUUUUGGUAUCUAAUGUGACAUAUCACCCUAUUAGAUUUUAAGGGGGAAUUUGUUUUGAAGAAAUUCUUUCUUCAAGCUUCCUAAAUGCUAACCUUCUCCUAGUGAAGGGAUCCAAACUAAAAGCCAACAGAACUCUUGUGUUCUUCUUACUGAGGGUCUUAUCUUGACACAUCUUGUCCUUUGUUUACCUUUCCAUUCCAAAACUCAAGUUCUUGAUGUCUUUUUCAGCCCUGUAAGCCCCUUCCAGCACCAGAACCUGAACUGUGUAUUUCCCAGCACCUUCUGACCUCCUACUCUGUUUUGGCCAUAAUUACUGUUUCAAAUAAUAAUCUGUUAGCUGGCACUCAGUCCUUCUAUUUUUGUUUUCAUGCUUCUCCCUUUGAUGUAACAGGCUUUGCAAUUAAAGUUUUGGCCAAUGCUCUUACCUAUAUUUAAUGCCUUAUUACAGCCCACUAAUAUGUCUCCAUGAUUUCUCACUGUUGUCACAGCAUACACCUUCAAAUAUUUGGCUAUAAUUUCCCUCCUAUCACUUUCUGGCUAAGGAUCGUCCGCCAUUUACCAUCUACCUUUUGAAAAUGUCUUUGCUUUUCCUGAAUAGUCCUUAGUAUCGAUCAGAUUUUUUUUUUCCCAAGUCCUACUUUCAGUAAUUCCUUCCAGCCUUGCUGUUUUCCUGUAUGAGCAAUCUGGUUCCACUUCAUAUGUGUGAUUUUUAUUGUAUUUGUAAUCAUCAUCUUGGACUCGGUGACACAAAGGAAUUAGCAAUGUACCUGCAGUUCCACCGCUUUCGUUAGACUGAAAAUCAGAUAUGCUCAUGUUUGUUCUUAAGUGCUGAAUUUUUACCGGGUAGGCUUCAUGUGGUUUGUGUGUGAAUCAUAAACUGCAUUUUCCUUAUACUGUGACAAGUGGAGGCACUUUGUAGUGCUAUUUGCAGUACUUACUGUAGCAAAGUAAGCCCUGUGUUAGGAAAAAAAGACAAAAAAACCUUGUCAGGACUGUAGCUACUCUUUCUCUCUGCAGGGGAAAAUAAGGCCCUGGCACAGCUGAGCAGUUUUAUAAAUGCCCUGCACAAAACACAUCGCACAUUAUUUUCUGGUAGGUGUAAUCGUAUAUCGUCCAAUUAAAUAUGAAAAAUACAUUUUUUAUGUUCUCAUUUUUACAUGCAAUCCUAUCCAGAAGAUAAUGCAUUUCCUUCUGUAUCCUGCCAGUUUCCCCCAUUACUUCAGGCUGCCUAAUAGCCCCAUCUGUUUUUGGCUGAGAAAGAUUAAUGACCAAUAGCGCAGGGAGCCCUGGCAAAUCAGCAGAGAUAUUACUCUUAGGCAUUGCACAAGACAUUCCGUGCUGCUCUGCCAGACAUUGUAUGGGUGUUCCUCAGGUUUGAGUGCAGCAGCAGGAGAACACAGCAAGCUCAGCAAGUGGGGUGAGCAUCAUUAUUUAUGAAUUUCAGCAAGGUCUAAUACAUUAGAAGGUAGGAGUGCACAAAAAAACUAUCUUUGUUAGCUCAAAAACAAUUUGAUUUUAGGAAAAGAAAGCAGCAAAGUUUCUGAAACUCCACUGAAUGAGACUGAAACAAAGUCACUUGUAGACAAUGACAGCCAAGAACCUGCUUGUUUCCAUUUCAGUAUUGAAAAUGCAGAAGAAUUGGCAGGUAAAGGAAGUAAUUUUUAUGGUAGUAAUUGAGAGUGCACAUUCAGACUGUAUGUUUACAGCUAAACACUUUGGUGAAUUGCUAAAUGUUUAAAGAGUAUUAUUCUGGUUCACUAUAUAAAUUUAAGUUUGAGAAAGCUGCUGGCUGUGCACAGCAAGUCAGGGAUCAGGAAAGGCUUAUAAAUCUGGAUUUAGAAAUACCUUGCUUUUAUAGGAACUUGUUUUCAUCAGUAGUUCUACAUUCCCAAGACAAGACACAGAGUCCUCAAGAAUUUCAAAAGGAGCUUUUCUACAGUCAGCUGGCUGGAAUGUAUUCCUCUUACAAAUACUGGGAAUUUGGGGUUUGCUUGCUCUGCAGAGUGGAGUUAUUGCACUCAGUUGAAAAAAAAGACACUGGGAAUUAGAAAAACAGCUAAAUAUUUGUUCAUGUAAUGUAUCAUAUGGAUUUAUUUAUUCAGACAUGUUAAUAGUUACUGUAAUGGAGAAUUAGCUCAUCGAUAGUGUCAGGAUCUAAAAGGUCAUAUCACAAUGUCCUAAACUUCUGCAGAAUGCAUUCAUGAGAAGCACUGUGCAGGUGACAAAGGCUUCAUUUGAGCUCCAUGGUGUGUUGCCGUGAGACACGAGAUUUCAAUCCAAAAGAAGUAGUUCUGACUUGGGGCUAGUCCUCCAGUGAGACAUGUAGACACUACCCUCACAACAUAUAUUCAAGAAGAGGCCUCCAAACGCUAGGCCAAGUAACUCAAGCCAAGCUAAGUCUAUUCCUCAGUAUUAUGGCAACAUAUUUCUCAGACAGUGGACAUGUACAUUAUCUAAAUUAACCAUUUUAUCACAAGACUCCUGCUAAGGCUGAAAGAUCAGCCAUGUGAAAGAUAUGGUAUGUGAAAAUUCAAGUUGCUGCUGGAACUGGUGCUUGGCUCAUACGACUUAUUUCUGUCCCUUGGUACGUACAGAUUAGGACAUAGUCCCUCCACGUUCGUUUGCUGGGUGUUUUAGAGGACUCAUCAAUCAUUCUGUGCACAGAGUGGAUGGUGCUCAGGGAGUGAAGCAUCUGGGUGAUACUUCUUUUUACUUUUGCUCUCACUGAGCUUUUCAUAAUAUGAGAGCUGCCUUGAUUCUGAGCAAAGCCAGACAUUUUUUUAACUUUCUUUUUUUCUGAGAGAUAGGUUUAAAUUGUGAUUUAGGAAAAUCAAUUAUCCCCCAUGCCCUCAGGCUUUCUGAGCAGAAUGCCUGCAGUUCUGUUCUAUGGGCUUUUCUAGCGUGGAGGGAUCCCACGGAGCUGAUGGAAAUUACACACUCAGAAGCCAUGCAGCACUCAGCCCUGAGCCUAUGAAUGCUAACAGCUGAGCAUGCAAGAGCGAUGAAUCCCAGCUCUGCCUGAGCCCCCAGCGUGUCUGCCCCCACUCUGGGAGCACUGAAGUCCAUGGGCACAGUUUGUCAGGAGAGCAGAGAAGAAGAGAUGGAGUAAAUAACUUGGAGGAGUACUUUAUGUAGCCAAAUUUCCAGAGGAAUGAGAAAAGCAAAAGCAUUCUGGGCUCUCUCAGAAGGGCUUUUUGUAAAAUUGUUUGUGGGUCGAACUCAUGGCAUUUCUUACCGAAUGCUGGUCAUUGUGGUCCAACUGUAGUACAUUUUGUGGGCUGUAAAAUUCAUGGAAGUCUGCAGUGAGAUUAAACCGUUCUCAGCUCAAAGAUAUUUAAUUUGUUUCAAUUCUUUGCAUUCCCACAUUGCUCCUAAUGGAAAGGAAAAGUAAA